AUGGAUUUCUGUGGACCAUUUCCAUCUGGAUCCUACUUAAUGGUCGUUGUUGAUGAUUAUUCAAGGUACCCUGUAGUCGAAAUCUUAUCAAGAUUAACAGCAAAGGCAGUGAUACCGAAACUAGAUAACGUUUUCGCCUUAUUUGGAAUUCCUGAUGUAGUCAAAACCGACAAUGGACCUCCGUUCAACGGAUCACUCUUCAAGGAGUUUGCAAAACAUCUAGGAUUUCAACAUAGGAAAAUUACACCGUUAUGGCCACAAGCUAAUGGAGAAGCGGAACGAUUCAUGAAGACCAUUGGAAAAGCGAUUCGAGCCGCACAUGCCGAACACAGAAGCUGGAAACAGAAGUUAUAUUGUUUUUUGCGCAACUAUAGAGCGACGCCACAUGCAACAACAAGCGCAACACCCGCUGAAUUACUACUAGGCAGAAAAUUAAAAACCAGAAUUCCCGAGAUUAUUCCAUCGUCCAAAAACACGGAAAUAUCACGUAAAGAUCAAAAAGAAAAAGAAAAAAUGAAGAGAUAUGCAGACAUUAGAAGAGGAGCACUAGAUCAUAAGCUGCAACCGGGAGACAAAGUUCUUGUAAAACAACAAAAACAAGACAAACUAUCAACUCCAUACAGUCCCGAGCCGUACGAAGUAGUUAAACAAAAAGGCUCUAUGAUAACCGCUAAGAAUGAUAACAAAGAAGUCACCAGAAACGCAUCCUUCUUCAAGAAAAUUAACGAACACGAAAGGUCAGCCGAGGUAACAGACGAUUCCAGUGAUGAAUUAAUUACCGCACAGCCGGAGCCUAGACGGUCAACUCGCGAGCGCAGACCACCAGCGCAUCUGAAAGAUUACGUGUGUGCACAGUGCGAAGAUUUGUAA